AUGGGUAUACUAUUAGAGCUUCAUGAUACUGAUGAUCAAGAAGUACAAUCACCAAGUGUAGAACUCUCAAAGAUUGCUGUUUCAUCUGCCCAUGGAGAAGAUUCUCCCUAUUUUUCUGGUUGGAAAGCAUAUGAUGAAAACCCAUAUCAUGAAAUUCAUAACCCAUCUGGUGUUAUACAGAUGGGAUUGGCUGAGAAUCAAGUUUCGUUUGACUUGGUGGAAGAGUACUUGGAGAAACACUCUGAAAAAGCUCUGUUUGGAAAGAAAACUAAUUCUGGCUUUCGAGAUAAUGCCCUGUUUCAAGACUAUCAUGGCCUCCUAUCUUUCAGAAAGGCAAUGGCAAGUUUCAUGGAGCAAAUAAGAGGAGGAAGAGCUAAAUUUGAACCAACCAGAAUUGUUCUUACGGCUGGUGCAACUGCUGCCAAUGAACUUCUUACCUUCAUCUUGGCUAACCCUGGAGAUGCUUUGCUUAUACCAACACCUUAUUAUCCAGGAUUUGAUCGAGAUUUGAGAUGGAGAACAGGGGUAAACAUUGUCCCAAUCCACUGCGAAAGUUCGAAUAACUUCGCUAUCACGCCCGAAGCAUUAGAAGCCGCGUACGAAACUGCACGCGGCUUGAACUUAAGGGUUGCAGGGGUUCUGAUAACGAACCCUUCCAACCCAUUGGGCGCAACAAUUCAACGAAAAGUCCUCAACGAGAUCCUAAACUUCGUGGUGGAAAAAAACAUUCAUCUUAUAUCGGACGAAAUCUAUUCAGGAUCUGUGUUCUCAUCGUCAGAGUUCGUGAGCAUGGCCGAGAUAUUGGAAGAUAGGAAAUACAAAAACAACGAGAAGGAAAGAGUUCACAUUGUUUAUAGUCUCUCCAAGGAUCUUGGUCUACCCGGGUUUCGAGUCGGUACGAUAUAUUCGUACAACGAUAAAGUCGUAACGACGGCGAGAAGAAUGUCGAGUUUCACGUUGAUUUCUUCUCAGACACAACAUCUUCUUGCAUGCAUGUUGUCUGACGAGAAAUUCGUGGAAAAAUAUAUAAGGAUUAAUCGCGAGAGAUUGAAGAGAAGAUACGAGAUGAUUGUUAACGGGUUGAGAGAAGCUGGAAUCGAGUGUUUGAAAGGAAAUGCGGGUUUGUUUUGUUGGAUGAAUUUGGGUCCGUUUCUUGAAGAUCCGACUAUGGAAUCCGAAUUGGAGAUUUGGAAAUUGAUAGUAAAUGAAGUAAAGUUGAAUAUUUCACCCGGUUCUUCUUGUCAUUGUUCUGAACCGGGUUGGUUUCGGGUUUGUUUUGCUAAUAUGAGUGAAAAUACGUUGGAGGUUGCGUUAAAGAGGAUACGUGAUUUUGUGGAUAAAAUGGAAUGGAAACGCGGCGGCCGGAAACCUAUUUCCGGCAACGGCGCCGGUGAUUGUAAACCAAACUAGCUAAUAUUACCAUCUUGACCAUAUUUUUUUUGUUGGGUAGGACCCAGUUGACAGGCUGUCCGAUUGUGCGCCGCCGUA